AUGACAACAAAGAGAAAACUUAUUGGCCGCCUGGUGCCCUGCCGAUGUUUCCGGGGUGAAGAAGAGGUCAUCUCUGUUUUGGAUUAUUCCCACUGCAGCCUUCAACAUGUACCAAAGGAGAUUUUCAAUUUUGAACGAUCUUUGGAAGAGCUCUACUUAGAUGCUAAUCAAAUAGAGGAGCUCCCCAAGCAAUUAUUCAACUGCCAAGCUCUCCGUAAACUAAGUGUUCCAGACAAUGAUCUUUCUAAUCUGCCCACCACCAUUGCCAGCCUGGUGAACCUAAGAGAACUAGACAUCAGCAAAAAUGGUAUUCAAGAUUUCCCAGAAAAUAUUAAGUGCUGUAAAUACUUAUCUGUUAUUGAAGCCAGUGUUAAUCCCAUUUCCAAGUGAGUUAUGGGCUUUACCAGGCUGUUUUCCAUGUCAGUCAGUUUCCUGUCGGAGAGUUUUCUUAUCCAUGUCCCAAUUGCAUUCUCAAAAUUGACUAGAUUAAAUACUCUUAAUUUUAAAAAAUUGAAUACUUUUGAUCAAAUCAAAAUGAUUCGAUGAUCAAUGCACAGACUGACACAGAUAGAUCGAUUGGAUCUGGGCAGUAAUGAAUUCACGGAGCUGCCUGAAGUCCUGGAACAGCUACAGAGCCUGAAGGAACUCUGGAUGGAUAAUAACUCAAUACAGACAUUGCCUGGGCCUCUAGCAAAGUUGAAACAUCUGACAUACUUGGAUAUGUCAAAGAAUAGAAUAGAAACGAUUGAGUCAGAUAUUUCUGGAUGCGAAGGCCUGGAGGACCUCCUGCUUUCAUCCAAUCUGCUGCAACAGCUGCCCGACACCAUAGGAAUAUUGAAAAAACUCACAACAUUGAAGGUGGAUGACAACCAGCUGAAUGUUUUACCCAAUGCAAUUGGAGGUCUUUCUGUCUUGGAGGAGUUUGACUGUAGUUGUAAUGAACUUGAGUCUCUUCCUCACACCAUUGGAUAUCUACAUAACCUCCGAACCUUUGCAGCUGAUGAAAACUUCUUGACAGAACUGCCCAGAGAGAUUGGAAGUUGUAAAAAUGUAACUGUCAUGUCUUUACGAUCAAACAAACUGGAACGGUUGCCUGAAGAGAUUGGACAGAUGCAGAAACUGAAAGUGUUAAAUUUAAGUGAUAACAGGUUGAAGAAUUUGCCAUUCAGUUUUACUAAGCUUAAAGAGCUGGCAGCACUAUGGCUAUCUGAUAAUCAGUCCAAGGCUCUAAUCCCUCUGCAAACUGAGUCUCAUCCAGAAACAAAACAGAGAGUGUUGACAAACUAUAUGUUUCCACAGCAGCCACGCAACGAUGAAGAAUUCCCUUCGGACAGUGAUAGCUUCAAUCCAACUUUGUGGGAAGAACAAAGGCAACAACGGAUGCAGGUUGCUUUUGAGUUUGAAGAGAAAAAGGAAGAAGAAGACGAUUCUGGGAAAGUUGAAAUAAACCUUAAGCGUUAUCCUACCCCUUACCCAGAAGAUCUGAAAAAUAUGGUGAAGUCUGUUCAGCAUUUGGUGGGAAAACAUAGUCAAGAAGGAUCUGAAGAAAACUCCACAGGCGCCACGAAUAUAGAACAUUCUGCAAAAGAUAAAUAUGAGCAUAAGUGGCCUAUAUCUGCAAAGGAAGUUACGCUUGAGAGAUCGUUAGGAGAGUCGCCAAAUGAUCUCAGAAUGGGAGAACUGCGGCCUACUCUUAGUGAAACUCCACUAUUCAAACCCAAAGUCGUCUUGUUGGGUAAAGAGAAGAAAGAAUCAACAGAUGACUCAGAAGGUGACAGAAUCAACAACAGUGGCUCUUCGGCUAGCUACUCAGACUACUCGCCUUCUCAGGGGUCUUCUGCUUCUUCUGGAGUACCUAUUAAAGUCAGCACAUUGCAGACUGCAGUCAAAGACGGUGUGGCAGCUUCCUCAUGGGGAAACAGGUUAACACAGACAUUUCAACAAAACAUUGAAGCAAAACCCUUACUCAGCCAGAGGGAGGCAGCAUCGACAGCAAGUCUACAACAACGUACUGAGAGGCGUCCCGUGAAUGAAACUUUUUCUGAUAAGUGGAAUGAUAAUUCACAUUAUGAUAAUACAGGCUUUGUUGCAGAAGAAAGCACUUCAGUCUUAGAAAAUCCAGGUGCCAACCCCUUAAUAAGCACAAAAUCAAGGAGCACGUCUGCCCAUGGGCGUAGGCCAUUAAUGAGACAGGACAGAAUUAUAGGAAUGCCACUGGAAUUAGAACAGUCAAUGCAUACCGUACAUAGUAUCAGGAGUACUCCAGAAACUGAAGUGCCUCCAAGUAAUCCUUGGCAAAACUGGACUAGGACGCCUAGUCCAUUUGAGGAUAGGACAGCAUUUCCAUCAAAGUUGGAUAGUACCCCUUUCAGCAGCCCUAUUCCUGAUAGGAAAGAUCCAGAACAACAGUCAGUGCAUGGAAUUACCGAACUGCCCAGCCCUUUUACAUCAGGUGCUCCAUGGAGUUUUCUCAACUCUAGGGAAUCCAAUUUAAAUCAAGGUCAUGCAGAUAAAUUCUCACACAUCUGCAGACCCGAGUCCGCCAAGAGUGCCAUUAUCGCCAGUAAAAGUACAGAAAGACUUGCACCAAUGAUGAGAUCGGUUAGAGCUGGCCAGUUUAAGAAAUCCCAAAGCAUUGAUGAAAUUGACAUUGGGGCCUUCAAAAUUUAUAACAUACCACUGGACAGUUAUGGCUCCAGCUCAGAAAACCCCGGUAGCAUUGAUAUACCGGAACAAAUGCCAACACAAGAACAAGGUAUGUCACGCAGCCUUUCUGCUCCAAUGUUGGAUGAAGAUUUAUCAGAAACAUAUGGAAGUGGAAAGAUAUCUCAAAGGGUUCCAAUUACAAAAAAAGUGUACCAUUUCGACCAAAGUUUCAAUCCUCAAGGUACAAUAAAUGUUAAACCUGAGAGACGAGUAACCACUUCUUUUACACAUAAUGUUGACUAUGGUGUCCAUCAAAACAAACAGGUUUCAAAAGAUCUCAUUAGUCCACGCUCAUUCAGAGGUUAUCAACCUGUGGAACAUAUGUAUUCAUUCUCCCAACCUUCAGUGAAUGAUGAACCAGCUAAUCCUCGGUUUUCAAGUCAAGGGGAGAGGGCUGGAUACUUGAGAAGGGGAGACUCCUUAGCAACCUCCACAGAAAUGGUGUUGCAUCGAAGGGUAAAUGAAGCUCCAGAGCUGCCACAAAGUGACAGAUAUGUCAGGACGCACUUCAGAGGAGUUUUAGAACACCAGAACAGUGCAUCAUUGGUUGAAUCACAGUAUCUCAAAAGGAAUGGAAGAUAUGAAGAAGAUUAUUCAACAUUCCAUGACACAAAAAAUCAGGGUAGGAAUUUCCAAGAUAAACCUCUAACUCAGAGGAGACCUUUGUCUGCAAGAAGCUACAGUACAGAAAGCUAUGGGUUUUCUCAAACCAGACCAGUUUCAGCAAGGCCUACCAUGGCAGCUCUAUUAGAAAAGUUACCUUCAGAUUAUAACAUCAGUAACUACAAUGAAAAGCCUUCAGAGAGCAAUGAUAUAAGGAUCAGGUCUUCACAGUUGAAAGGAGAUGAGAACUCUGCUAAAAUACCUCUAGACUGGAGACAACAACUGCUCAGGCAUAUAGAAGCUAAAAGGUUAGAUAGGCUUCCUGAAUCUUUGCCUAAUGGGCUGAAUUACCCACAGGCAGGUAGCCACCCUCACCAAGGGCAAAGUGCACUAGGGUCUUCACCACAAAGCCUGCAGCAUCGAACCAGGGAACAGCAAUAUGAAGGAGCUGUAUCGAAGGUGACUCUUCAGCAGUAUCAGAAGCCUUUGCAGAUUGCCAUUUCAUCUUCACAGAACAUUGCCAGUCCUCGAGCAACUCAACCCAGCAGGUGUCUGACAAGUAUUAAACCACAAAAGAGCACAGAAAGCUACCAGGAACAGUUUUGUGUGAGAAUAGAGAAGAACCCUGGUCUUGGCUUCAGUAUAAGUGGCGGAAUAAGUGGACAAGGGAAUCCAUUCAAGCCUUCAGAUAUGGGCAUCUUCGUUACUAGAGUACAACCUGAUGGACCAGCAUCCAAUCUGUUACAGCCUGGAGACAAGAUCCUUAAGGCCAAUGGACACAACUUUAUACACAUGGAACAUGAGAAGGCAGUGUCACUUCUUAAAAGUUUCCAGAACACAGUGGAUCUGAUAAUCCAACGUGAGAUUCCAACCUAG